AUGUCUUGUCGCGUUUUUGCUCAAGAAGCUUUAAAUAUUAUCCUUGAUGAUGAUGAUGAUGAUGAUGAAAAAAGUGGAAUUGAAAGUCUGGGUAGCCUCUCUGAUGCUGAAUAUAAAAAUAAUGAAAAUGUAGAUUCAAUGUCCAGUUUGUUAUCAACAUCAAUCAGGUCUGUUGAAUAUGACUUAGAAGAGAAAUUUCAUGCUAGAAAGUUUGCAGAUGAGGAAAAAAAUGGAAAUAACAGAAAUGAUGAUGACGUCCUGGCUUGUAAUUUUUGUGAGGAUGAUUCUAAUAGUGGUUUAUGUUUGAUGUCAACUGAUAUGGAAAGGCAUAUAUAUGAAUGUAUUGAUUCGGUAAUUGAAAAGAUUUGUGGAGCAUAUGUAAGUGCAGACGGCACUGUGUGGAAUUCUAAGCCUUAUUUGACUGGAAGAAGACAGUCUGUGAAUGUAAUGAGAGCAGCUGGAGGACUGAGUGCUUACGGACGUCGUCAUUGCACCAAUACUGCUCUCUAUAUUUGGCAAAUUUUCAUGGACAAUUCUCUGAUCGAUAUAAUUGUUGAUUGCACUAACGACAAAGCUGCUAGUUUGGGUGCCAAUUUUGUUACGAACAGAGAGGAAAUCAACACUUUCAUAGGUGUAAAUAUUUUAGUUGGGGUAUAUAAAGGAAAAGGAGAACCCGUGCGUGCACUUUGGUCAAAGUCAGAAGGCCGACAAUGCAUCAGACAAUUUAUGUCAAGGACUAGAUUUGAAGAAAUGACAAAAUUUAUUAGAUUUGAUUUUACUAGAAGCCGAAGUGCUCGACGAAAACUAUCAAAGUUUGCACCAAUGGGCACAGAUAAUGGAGCAGCGCGGGCAAAAAAUUUAGGAAAGCAAGUAGUGUUAGAUUUGACGGAGAACUUAGACAUUGGCAGAACCACUGUUAUGGACAAUUUUUUUACAUCUUUGGAAUUACUACGUGAGAUGCAAAAUCGUAAUUUAGGAGUCAUUGGAACCAUUCGUAAAAAUUGGAGAGAACUGCCACCAGAAUUUGUAAAGAAAAAUAGCGAAGAAGUUAUUGGACAUAAAAACAGAAGGCAAUUUUUAAAAAGUUUGGGAGCAGAAUUAAGCGGUGGGGAAAUUGAUGACGAUGUAAAUAUAAAGUUGAUCCAAUCUCAGUUAGCACCUGAAUGUCAAUCAUCUGCUAAAUCUGGAAAACGGUUGAGAUGUAGAAAAUGCGUUUCAAACAAAACGGUCCAACGUUGCAACAAAUGUUUGAAUCCAUUAUGCAUCAACUGUGUCAAUGUCAUGACUGUUAAUUUUAUAUAA